AUGCAUGCUCGUUGGAUUGCAUAUCUGCAGCGUUUCACCUUUGUUUUGAAGCAUAAAUCUGGGCAGCAGAAUAAGGUUGCAGAUGCACUCAGUAGGAGAGCUGGAUUGUUGGUAACUUUGAAGGCUGAAGUGAUUGUGUUUGAGUACCUUAAGGAGCUGUAUGCAGAGGAUGAAGAUUUUAAGAAGAUUUGGGAUGACUGUCUUCAAAAUAAAUCAGCCAAAGGCUUUCAUAUUCAGGAUGGUUAUCUAUUUCAUGGUGAUCAAUUGUGCAUACCCCAGAGUUCACUAAGAGAGCAGAUAAUUCGAGACCUUCAUACUGGCGGACUAGGAGGACAUUUGGGACGUGAUAAAAUAAUUGCAGCCAUUGAAGAACGAUAUUACUCGCUUCAGUUGAAGAAGGGAGCAGAAAAAUAUGUGUGA